AUGCUUCCCUACAGGCUGUGUAUUAACAGCUCCAGAGUGGUCAACCAAUUGAGGCGGCCAAGUGUGAGAUUUGCCACCCAAGUUGGUAUAUUUACAAGACUCCAGUCGACACAAGCUGCCACAACCAAGGAGCCACUUGCGACAUCGGGGAAUCUCAAGCCUUCAACCAAACCCCAAAAGAAUGUCAACAAGACCGGUGCUCCUAAAAUCAAGAAGUUAAAUCACAAGGUAAGCGACAUAUCUCAGCAAAUCAAAAAGACUUUGGAAUCAAGUACUGAUUUGAAAGAGGCCAAAGACAUUUUUGAAGAAGGCAUUUCGUUUCUUCGCGAAGUCCAACAUGAAGAAUAUAUAUCAGACCGUGACUUGUACAGUGCUUUCUUGCCGUUAGCAACUGGACUACUCACCAAAGCCAAGAAAGCGGGUGCAGAUCUAGAAGAGCAUCUCUCUUUGUUUGUCAAGUAUCGUGUUGCACACCAGUACCAUUUCACCGAAGUUGCAGCCAACUUGUUAAAAAACGAGGAUGGAAAAUUUGCCUCUUAUCAAAAAAUAAUUCAUUUAUGGGUAACCUUUAUCGAAUAUGAUAAAUUAAAUUUUAUCCCCAAUGUAUUUGUUGAAACGGGUGAAUCUCGAAUUAGAUACAACAAAUACCAACUUCCACACAUUGUAUACUACGCUUAUGUGUUGUCAUGCUUAUUGCAAAAUGUGCCAUACUCGGAAAAAGAUGCUCUUCGGUUCUUUGAGACAGGCAAGGUGCCCUUUUACAACGAGGUCAAGUCCACCCUUUUCAAUUAUGGUGUUUUCAAUAGACUAGAGUUUGAAAAGUUUAGAGAACUUUUGGAGGAUGACAGGAAGUCGAAGGUGGACCCAAAUAGUGUACUUAUGUUGACCAGGAUCAAUCGUGCCACUGAUAGAAAAUUACUAGACGUAAUCUAUACAGAGAUUGCCGAGAUUUGUGAAAAGCGUGAUUUGAAGAUUGAGGAAAGGAUCAUGGUCCAGUUGAUGGAAAAGUACUUGUAUUAUGAUGAAUACGAUCAGGUGUUUAGCAUGUUUCAGAACAUUAUGAAAUCGGGCAUUUCUCCAUCAAUAGAUGCCUGGAAUUUGGUCCUUAAAGCCAUGAUCAACCCUAAUAGAUUCAACAAUGCAUCAGAAGCACAAAAGGAAGAACUUAUGCAAAAAUUCGAACGGACUUUAAAGACAAUCCUUGCUAGUGGUCUUAAAUACAACGUAAACACGUUAAGCUCAAUUAUCAGUGCCUACUCGAUUGCAGAUAAAUUCGACAUUGCUGAAGAUUAUGCUAAGCAGUAUGCUGGCUUGGGAAUCAACGAUGCAGCAAAAGACGGAAUAUUGAGAGGGUUGAUUUUCAAUGGAAAGAUUGUUGAAGCUGAAUCUAGAAUGGAAGAGUAUAUUAAAGACGGCGGCAAUUAUAAACCAAAUGUUGGAGUCAUGAACGAUUUCCUCAAUUACUACUUCAGAAAGCAGAAUUACAAUGCUAUAUUCGGUAUUAAUGAUUUUAUGAAGCAGCAUGGAAUUGAAGAGAACGUUGUUACAUUGACGACAAUGAUUAACGCAUAUUUCAAAUACCUUGUCUCUAUUGGAAAGAGCCCCAAUCUUGGCGACUUUUUACAGACGCUAAAGGGGGCAAAGUCACUUAAUGAACACACCUUUGCAUCUGUCUUGAAUGGCUUAAUCCAGUCGGCCAAUAUCGAUGCUGCCAGACAGUUGUAUAACGUAUUGAAGAGGAAAUUCCCCAGAUCCGCCUGGAUCCAAAGUAACAUGUUGACGGGAGAGUUGACAUUGGGAGAUGUAUCUGCAGCCGAGCAAAUAUUCAUUCAUUACAUCACCAAAAUUAGGAACGACCCCAUCAUUUGGAACACGAUGUUGAGGAAUGUUUUGCUUCGUGACGAGAAUAAGGCUUUGGAGUACUUUGGCAAAAUGAAAAAAGCUGGUGACAUCAAACCCAACGAGUAUACCUAUUACUUCCUCCUUGAUUAUUUCUACAAAAAGGGCAACAAGGACGUGGUGCAAAAACUUCUUAAUGACUUGGCCCUGAGUUCGUUGACUUCUUAUGGUACUAAGUUGCCAAACGUCCUUUUGCAAAUCCACAAGAGAGUCGUCCCACUAUCAGCGCCAAUUUUGGUUCAAAUGAAGAAGAACUUGUAA